CGCAAAGCAGAAACCAGGAACAGAACUGCCCCAGGGCAGGAAAAAAAAGCAAGGUGAUUGGGGUGGAGUCGACACGACCUACUACUGUUCAGUCACAGACUCCAGUGGACUAGCUACUCACAAGUUUAGUAUUUUGCCCUUCCCCUCUUUGGUUUGGACAAUUGAGGGAAUCCCUGAAGAAUAGAGUUUUAAACGUCUCUAUCUAUUAUUUUGGAUACGUCAACGUCUUGCUACUUGUAACAACACAGCCGCAGCAUGGGGGCACCAGCAACAGCGUACGACGAGAAGAAGGAAACAUGCGGGACCGUCUGUCUGAAGUACCUCCUAUUCACAUUCAACUUCCUUUUCUGGCUGGCAGGCGGCGUGGUGAUGGCGGUGGGCAUCUGGACGCUGGUGGAGAAGAGCGACUACAUCAGCCUGCUCUCCUCCGCGACCUACGCCGCCUCCGCCUACAUCCUGAUCCUAGCCGGGGCCAUAGUCAUGGUGACGGGAGUGCUGGGUUGCUGCGCCACCUUCAAGGAGCAGAGGAGGCUGCUGAGAGUGUACUUUGUCCUGCUGCUGUGUAUCUUCCUGCUGGAGAUCCUCGCCGGUGUCCUGGCCUACAUCUAUUACCAGCAGCUCAAUGAGGAGCUGAAACAGAACCUGCAGGAGACCAUGGUGCAGAAGUACAGGCAGCCAGAGCAGGAGCACGUCACCAAAGCAGUGGACAAGCUGCAGCAGGAGUUUAAGUGCUGUGGCAGCAACAGCUCGUCCGACUGGGGCGAGAGCGUGUGGAUCCGCACCAAUGAGGCGGAUGGCAGGUUGGUGCCGGACAGCUGCUGUAAGACCCAGACGCUGGGCUGCGGCCACAGGGACCACCCAUCAAACAUCUACAAGGUGGAGGGGGGUUGUAUCACCAAAUUGGAGAACUUCAUUUUGGACCACCUGAAGAUCAUUGGAGCGGUGGGCGUGGGCAUCGCCUGUGUACAGAUUGUGGGGAUGGUGUUUACUUGCUGUCUAUAUCGGAGUUUGAAGGCAGAGCCUUACUGAGAGUAGAACACGAAGAGAAGGAAAAGGGAGGGGUCUAGUCUCUGCCACCUAGUGUCAUCAUAUUCCAGCGACCCGUUUAGCCAUGGGGUCUACCACUGUGCCAUGCAAACAGAAGAGGACGAUAUGUGUAAUAGAUGCUCUUAUGAUAGUGUCUCUCAAUCCAUUCCUUGGGGGGACCAUUUUGGUUCUAGCCUAGCACUAACUCCCCUGAUUCAACAAAUCAAGGGCUUGAUUUGUUGAUUCAAUUGUAUUGAGCUAGAAUUCCUAGGGGGUCCCCACUUGAAAUGGAGAAUCAGAUUUAUGCAAGCCGUUACUUGCUGUCGGAUCCACAAUGCUCUAUAUUUUGGUAGUGUGCAACAACAGAGCAGUUGGUGUAACCUAGUGUGAUGUAAAGAUCAGUGGACCAAAAUGGCCCGUGUAUGAGAACAGCUUGCCUUAACGUUGCAAUAUUCAUGACUGGGGCUUAAUGAGCGAGAACUGACCUCUGGGGCCGAUUACCAUAGCAACACAUGUUCUUUAUACAUCAAGUAGCUAUUUAUACAUCUAUACACACCUUUUACACUGUUUCUCUCUCAACUUUUUAAUUGUUAGUUUAUUAGAAUUUUUUAAAUUUGUUUUAACACAAGGGAUUUCUACACUUAUGCCAAAGUUGUCGUCAACACUGACUUUGUGUAAAAUCAUAUCAAACUGACUACUCCUGCAAGCCUUUUUCAUGUGUACUGAACAAAUAUAUAAAUGCGACAAUUUCAAAGAUUUUACUGUGUUACAGUUCAUAGAAGGAAAUCAGUCAAUUGAAGUAAAUUCAACAGACCCUAAUCUAUGGAUUUCACAUGACUGGGUAGGGGUGCAGCCAUGGGUGGGCCUUGGAGGGCAUAGGCCCACCUACCCACCUACUUGGCAGCCAGGACCACAGACUGGGGAACAAGGCCCAGGCAAUCAGAACUAGUUAUUCCCCACAAAAGGGCUUUAUUACAGACAGAAAUAAUCCUCAGCACUCCCCAAACCUCCCCCUCUUGAGACAAUCCCGCAGGUGAAGAAGCCAGAUGUCAAGGUCCUUUGCUGGCGUGGUUACACGUGGUCUGCGGUUGUGAGGCCGGUUGGACGUACUGCCAAAUUCUCUAAAACUAUGUCUUAUGGUAGAGAAAUGAACAUGUAAUUAUCUGGCAACAGCUCUGGUGGACAUUCCUGCAGUCAGCAUGCCAAUUGCAUUCUCCCUCAAAACUGGAGACAUCUGUGUCAUUGUGUUGUGUGACAAAACUGCACAUUUUAAAGUGGCCUUUUAUUGUCCCCAGCACCUGUGUAAUGGUCAUGCUGUUUAAUCAGCUUCUUGAUAUGCCAAACCUGUCAGGUGGAUGGAUUAUCUUGGCAAAGGAGAAAUGCUCACAAACAGGAAUUUAAACAAUUUCAGGGAUCUUUUAUUUCAGCUCAUGAAACAUGGGACCAACACUUUACGUGUUGCAUUUAUAUUUUUGUUCAGUAUAUAUUCUGAUUGUCUUUGUGCCUUUGAAGAUAACAUUUUUUAUGAAGUUUUGCUUUUAUUCACACCAUGUUAUUUUAUUGUGUAUUUAACAGACCAAUAGGAGGAUUUUAUUAUAAGCGUGCCUCAAAGACGCCACAAAUGAAUAAACUGCUGUAUUUCUGUCGGUUUUCCUCUAUACAUGGAAGUAUUUAGCUGAAAUAAACACAAUUAAACCUG